CUGUUUGACAGAGAGCAGAAGGCUCCAUGGUUGCAGCAUGGCAGGAAGCAGGCUGGAGAAGCUUGGUACAGUGUUCACUAGAACACGAGAUUUGAUCCGUGCAGGAGUGAAAAAGCAAAAUGAGAAGCCAAUCUGGUUUGAUGUGUAUGCUGCCUUUCCACCUAAAAGGGAACCCACCUACGUGAGUCCGCCAAAACGUCGGCUGAAGCCUGUUGACAAUGUGCCAGCAAUUUUUUACCGAGAAGAUGUCAUAAAAGCCAAAUUUUAUGACACUUAUGGUAGCCCUGGAAUGAUUUAUUUGUAUGGAAAGGAACGCAAAUCUAUAUGCCAGAGAUUUGUAGAGAAAUAUUUAGAACUUCAAAAAUCUGGAGUAGUAGGUGAAAAGAAGUUGUUUGAAGAGACUGGAAAGGCUCUACUCGUAGAAGGUAUCACUUUAAGAAGGCCAGGAGUAUCAGCGGCUGUGUAUAGACCUGAGGACUCCAAGGAGUAUUCCAUCUGUGCAGCCGAGGAGGAGAAACGUUUCAGUGAUCACAGUAGCAGGGAGCCAGCUCGGGGUGGUCUGGAUGGAUCCUGCCAGCGUCUCAGCCUGGACACACACACCCGUAACGGUGUUUCUUUUGUCAUGAAAAUGUUAGAAUUCGAAAAUUAA